AUGGCACAAGAUGUACUUCGUUUUGUUGUCAUUGGCGCAGGUCUAAUUGGGCCGCGUCAUGCCAAAAGUGUUGCAAAGCGUAAGGAUUGCACGCUUUUUGCUAUUGUGGAUAGAUCUGCUAAUGGUCCUGGUGUUGCAGCUAGUUGCAAUUGUCUGCAUUUCAAAAACGUCGAUGAGAUGUUGGACUUUUGUCAUAAAUUCCAAGUUGAUCUUCCCGAUGCGGCGAUCAUUGCCACUCCCAAUCAUACGCAUGCAGAAAUUGGAAUGCAAUUGGCCGCCCACGGAAUUCACCUUUUAGUGGAGAAGCCAAUGGCCUCGAGUGCCGAAGACUGUGUUUCUCUUCUUGAGUUUUGCAAUCAGCGAAAUGUCAAACUCUUGAUCGGUCACCAUCGGCGUUUCAAUCCUUACAUUAUCACCACCAAAGCGAAUAUGGAGCGCAUAGGAAGGCCAAUCGCCAUUCAGGGAGUAUGGGCAUUGCAGAAACAUCAGGCGUAUUUUGACGAAAAGCAAUGGCGCCGUUCUGUUCUGUCUGGUGGAGGAGCUUUGUUGACCAACUUGAUCCAUGAUCUCGAUUUGUUGCUGUAUUUGAUCUCGCCUAUAGAGCGGGUGUACGCAGAGCUUAUGCCCCGGCAGAGACAUGCUGAGGGCCCUGACAAUGAAGUGGAUGAAGGCGCUGUAUUAACUAUUAAGUUUGCAAAUGGAUGCUGCGGUACAUUUCUCUGCAGUGAUAAUGUAACGUCUCCAUUUAGUUUUGAGGCUGGAACUGGUGAAAACCCACUAGUACCUCAUCAUGAAUCUACCGCAGGAUUCUAUCGAGUGUUUGGCAGCAAAGGGACUAUCUCGGUGCCAGACAUGACCUUGUACCAUCAGCAAAGUCUGCCUGAUGGUCAGGGUUCUUGGUGGAGGCCAAUAGAGGUUGAUCACAUCAAGAUGACACAUGGGGCAUCAUCCUAUGAGGCACCAAACGACUCAAUGCUUACUCCAUCAUCUUCUUUUGACCCCAAAAUUCCAUCCUCGAACUCCUCAUUGUCUAAUGGGAACAUCAAUGGGCAACCGGAGCCCUUUGACCUUCAAUUGGAUCACUUUGUGAAUUUAAUUUUUGGAAGAGAGAAAGAGGUUAAAUGCUCCGGCUUGGAUGCUGUGCGUGCACUCUUGUGUAUUGAGGCUGUUGUCAAGAGCAUCAAAACUGGAAUGCCUCAGACUGUAGAGCUGGUAUCUAACGUCAAACCAAAUUCUGAAUUGUCUGCACGAUUUUCAUGA